AUCUUAAACUCCUGAAACCUCCCAUGGCUUCAUCCAAGCUUGUUCUUGCUGCAAUCUUCAGUGCUUCCUUGUGCUUCACUGCAGCUCUUGCCUUCCCUGAUCACCAUGAUCAGGGUGCCUACCCAGUUGGGCAGAGCCCAAAGCCAGUUCUUUCUCCAGAUUACUACAAGGCCACAUGCCCACAAGCUGAUGAGAUUGUGGUGUCUAUCUUAAAGAAGGCUAUUGCAAAGGAACAAAGGAUAGCAGCCUCACUGCUCAGGCUCCUUUUUCAUGACUGCUUUGUUCAGGGAUGUGAUGCAUCAGUUUUGUUGGAUGAUAGUGAAGAAUUCAUAAGCGAGAAAAAGGCUAUCCCCAAUAAGAAUUCUAUCAGAGGGUUUGAAGUUAUAGAUGAGAUCAAGGCUGCACUUGAAGAAGCUUGCCCACAUACUGUCUCCUGUGCUGACACCAUUGCCCUAGCUGCCAGAGGUUCAACAGUGCUGAGCGGUGGCCCAUACUGGGAACUUCCACUAGGAAGGAAGGAUUCGAAGGCAGCAUAUAUGAAGUUAGCAAACAAGAACCUUCCUCCACCAAAUGCAACCCUGCAUCGUCUUGUUAAAUUUUUUGAAAGGCAGGGACUUGAUAAGGUGGACCUUGUGGCACUAUCAGGGAGCCACACCAUCGGAAUGGCCAGGUGCGUGAGCUUCAAGCAGAGGCUCUACAACCAGCACAGGGACAACCAGCCGGACAGAACGCUGGAGAAGACGCUCUACCACACGCUGGCAUCCGUCUGCCCACCCGGCGGCGGCGGCGACAGCAACCUACGCCCGCUGGACCUCGCCACCGCCUCCAGAUUCGACAACGCGUACUACAAGCUGCUGGUGGAGGGGAGAGGCCUCCUGAACUCCGACGAGGUGCUGUGGACGGGGGGGGACCCGGAGAUCGCCGGCCUCGUCAGGAGCUACGCCGAGAGCGAGCCGCUGUUCUUCGAGCACUACGUGAGCUCGAUCACCAAGAUGGGGAACAUCACUCCGCUCACUGAUCACGAUGGAGAGAUUCGCAAGAACUGCCGUGUGGUUAACAAGAACGCCGUGUAGUCUUAGCCAUUGAAAUUUGGGUUCGGUUUGCA